GGGGGCGUCUCACAUUCUGUACAGAAUUCACGUGUGCGCACAGUCUUGCCACGGCGUUCAGACAGGAGUUGGGAGUUUAAAAACUUGCAGUCUCCAAAAUGGACUCGUUUUCAUCGCAGCCGUCUGGAGGAAAACUUGAUAGUGCACAAAGGGGGCAGAUUAUGGAGCAAGUUAAGACGCAGAUUGCAUUAGCAAAUGCUCAGGAACUCCUUCAGAGAAUGACAGACAAGUGUUUCAAGAAGUGUGUUAGCAAGCCUGGUACUUCGUUAGAUUCCUCUGAACAGAAAUGCCUAGCGUUUUGCAUGGACAGAUACAUGGACGCCUGGAACACCGUCUCAAGGACAUACAACCAGCGGUUACAGAGGGAGCAUAGCAAGAUGUGAUGAUAGGCGUGGCUCUCCCUUGGCUACAGGUAGUCUUCCCGUGAUACCUCACCAGAGCAGCACCACCUGGUAGAUAGGCACAGAUAGAAAAAUGAAGCCUCAUUCAAAUCGACAGGCUGUGGCUGUGAUUAGUACACAUGUCUAUGGGAAAUAACCGCAGCUGCUAAGCAGUAGCCUCCAUUGGCUUACAUGUUAUUUCCAGCGACAGUUGCAAGUUUCGGACACAACCUUCAGGCUUCUGUGAGAAAUGGAUAAAUUAGGCAUAAUACAAUCUGUGUUCAAUACGGCAAGAAAUUGUUGGGGUCAAGGUUGAUUUUUUUGUGCUUAUAAUUCAAUUUAAGACAGGUUUUUUGUAUGGAAUGUUACCCGUGCAUUUGUGACAAAAUCAAACUGAUUCAGAUUCAUAUUGAAUUAAAAGCUGUGUCAAGUAAAAACAAGUCAAUCACAUUUAGGCACAGACUAAAACUUUUUAAAGUAAUGUAUAACAUAUACAAUGUAUGAUCUUGUGGAUUAUUUGCUUUAUGUUAGUGACAUACAGGGAGUAUGUAAUUAUUCAUAUUGAACCCCUGAUGUUGGCCAUGCACAUUGCCCAAUCCUGUGCAGAAUCACCCCAAGCCUAAACCUGACCCCCACCCCACCCCAAAGGAAGUUGAGAGCCCUGUACAAGUCUGAGAAGUUAAAGCUAAAGUUAAAGUUAAAGAAACAUUGAUUUAAGCAAAGUUGUAUGCUCAGAAGCACCAUGAAGCCAAUGUGAGCCAUGACAGAUUUAUUGAAAUAAUGAAGGAUUGGUUCCAACAUAAAGCAAAAUAUUACAUUGUAAUUCAGUUUAUUAGUUUUUUAAAGAGAAUUUAGAGUGUCUUUCUUCAGAGAUUGAACCGAAGUUAUCCAUUUUCCUUAAGAAUGUACACUGUUCCUGUGAACUGUGAUGUACGUGUAUUUACCUCAGAAUGGCUUUUUUAUGGAAUUCAUUCAACGUAUUUUAUUCUGAAUACUAAAUAUUCAUUCAGAAUAGUGUGUUAAAUCGCAGUUCACAAGACACAAUAUGAUUCAAUUGUCUUCAUUGGUGUCCAGUUUGCGAUAAGCUGUGGAGAAACUCACGAUGCAAUUUUUCCUGGCAGACAACUGUUUUCCUUCUGUGAUUUUUGGGAAACACGCGAGGGCGCUGUUCUGGAUGCAAUUAAUUAAAAUAAUCUGUAGUGAAAACGCAUCAGAGAA